GACGGCCAAAGUUCCGUUUAUUUCGGCGUUAAAGUACGAACGUUUCGCGUCGCAGGGAAAUUACAUGUUUAACUCGGCGUGUUAAGAUGUUUUAAAACUGACUUUUUCUGGGACAGACACAAACAUUUCAGUCUGCGGCGGCUGGACCGCGGGGACCGAGGUUAGUUGUAGCUAGCGUCCUCCGAUAGUAAUGACAUUGACAGCUGAGAAGAGUUAUGACUGUCAUUCACACGACUGUCAAAUUAACAAACUGACAUCAAAGUUAGGUUGACGUCCUGUGAUAGAUAUUUCUACACUGAGAUGAGUUUCAGCCCUUUCAGAUGAUAGGCGGGCAAAUUUCGCCGUGGACUGCAGCUGUAAUUGUCUGGUGAAUCUGAGCAGUGAAUAAAGCACAAGGACAAUGGUUUUUCUCUCUGUUACUCUAUUGAGGAGCAGUCGCCUCUGUUCUCUGUCAGCACAUCUGACCCGAAACGCCCUGGUCUAUAAACGAGGUGGAUAUCCUCAGGUACACUCUGUGUCUUCUCAGAUCAGCUGUCAAAGAAGAGCAAACUCUUUCCACUUCAGAGACACUUCGACUGGACCACCUCUGUUCUUCUGUAGCAAUGAACCGACGGUGUGUUCCCAGAUCAGUCCCAAAACCCCUUCACCUCUGCACUCUGGUCCUGUCCAGACACAGUGCAGACACCACUUCCACACCUCAGCCUCCCUGAAGGCCCUGCCUGCUCCUCUCAUAUGGAUGGUGCUGAAACCUCUGCAGAAGCUCAUGGCUAUAAUACUGGGCAGGAGUAUAAGGAAGUGGUGGGUGGCUCUCCCAGACAACCGCCGGGAGCUCAUGCGCAAAUGGGCCUGGCAGCGCCGCUGGCAUCUGGCAGUGGGGGCAGGUGUUGCUAUGGUGAUUGCAGUGCUCCUUCUCCUCACCCACCUGGAUGUGUCCCCCGUGACGGGACGGACCCGCCUCCUCGUCUUCAGCAGAGAGAACUACAUGGAGCUGGCUGCUCUGACGUCAGAGGCUUAUAUGGAGGAGUUUGCAGAGCUGCUGGUUCCAGUCACUGACCCUCGUCAUAAGGUGGUAGAGCAGGUGGUGCAGCAUCUGGCACAAAGGAACAAGGACAUCCCUGAAAUGUCUGAUGUCAUCUGGAGUGUCCAUGUGGUGCAAAGUCCCAACAUCAACGCCUUUGUCCUACCGAAUGGGAAAGUGUUCAUGUUUACGGGGAUGCUGGAUGCUGUGGCCGAUAUUCACCAGCUCACCAUUGUCCUGGGACACGAGAUGGCUCAUGCACUAUUGGGACACUCUGCAGAACAGGCCAGUCUGUCUCAUGUCGUGGACCUCCUGUCCCUUAUCCUGCUGACAGCCAUCUGGGCCGUGUGUCCUCGAGACAGCUUGGCACUUCUGGGACAGUGGGUACAGGACAAGCUUACACAGCUGAUGUUCAGCCGUCCCUAUAGUCGGAAACUAGAGGCUGAGGCCGACAAAGUUGGACUGCAGUUGGCUGCUAAGGCAUGUGCAGAUGUGCGCGCGGGCCCUGUUUUCUGGCAGCAAAUGGAAAUUAGAGACCAGCUGACAGGAGAGCCCACUUUCCCCGAGUGGCUGUCCACACACCCAUCGCACAGGAACAGAGUCACUCAGCUGGACCGCCUUGUACCACAGGCUCUGGAGAUGAGGGAAAGUUGCAUCUGUCCUGCUCUACCUGCUACUGACCCUCGUGUUGUCUUCUCCAAGAGCGUCACGGUAUUGUUGGAAAACGCUAAGCAACAAGGGAGAGGAGGACCAGAAGGGGCAAGCAAGCCCCACCUGCCCCACAGCCCCACCCCACUCCCCGCUGCACUACAAGCAAGUCUGCUUGCCCAAACCGCACUUCCUCCUUCUUCUAACGUGGGUCAAGAAGAAAACAAAAGUCCAGUCCCAGUUGUAGCUUCAGAGACAACUGUGGCAGCCCCUGUCCCCGCUCCUACUGAGGGUGACAGAUCACAGGAUGGGAAGCAGAUCACCAGCUGACAGGGGGGUUAAAUCCCCACAAACUUCUACAGUUUUUCACUGACUGGACUCUACUAUUUCCUACUGCUACAAGUAAUUUCAUCAUUUACAGGUUGGUUGGUCAGGGUGCCAGCACAGUGGAGGGUGGAGCUGGGAGUGACACUGUGAAUUGAAGAGGCUGGGGUAAUUCUAAAUUAGGAGAAAAAAGUCAGUCCUCCUAACCUUUCCUUCUACUGCAACACACUGCUGACUGAACUUCAGAGAAUGUUAUCACUGCCUAGUGACUACAGAGAUGCCACAUUAAUUAGAUAACCUUGAACAGGGAAAUGCUGAAUUAAUUAGUAAAGCUUCCAUACAUUGCAAGAUUAAUAUGUGCAUUAUUCAUUCAUACACGGCAACAGACGAGAGUAAGCACUUUGUGUGUGCAUGUUGGAGGGUGUGUCCAUGGCAGGCAGAGGACAUCUACAUUCUCAUUAUGACUACUACAUUCUCAUGCCACACACACAGCACUUUAUGCAUUCUGUAGCCUGAGGGACUUAAUGGUGUAAAUUUAUGCCGGGUUGUUUGCAGGUUUUAAAACACAGCCUUCUGCACAGGAAUGCCAAUAUCCACCGUCAAGCUUUGAGAAAUCUUUCAUGGGAUUUAGUAAAAUUUUAUUUAACAAGGCAAGUUGACUGAGGAAACAUUCUUAUUUACAGCAACUGCCCUCCCUACCAGUUAUGGUUCAUAUCUUGAUAGUCUUUUUUGUGUGGGCUAAAACAAAGCAGCACACUUGGUUAUAUUGUGAAAUCAAGAGGGUACUACUGUGUUUUCAUUUUGGAUAAAUUAUUUUAUUUGUGUCAUGCAUUUUAGGCGCUAAACUCGUAUCAGCUUGCAAAAGAUCAGUCAAGAGUCUUCCAGCUGCUGAGAAAGCUUUCUUUUACAGCAGACAGGGUAGGUCUAUAUUAGAGUCUCUGUCUGUAUUAGAGCAAGUGGCCACUGAUGAAUGAAAAGCCAAGGUAAUAUUGGUUUUUGCAUAUCAAUAUCUCAGCAGAAAUGUGCUCUGUUUGCAAGUGGCAGGCAAAAAAAAAAAAAACUUGGGAAGAAAAAAAAGCUAUAUUAUUUUGGCUAUUUUCCAUUGCAAGUUCCAUUAAAAUUCAAAUGGGUGAAAGAUGCA